AUGCACGAAGUUAGCGCAGCCAUCACCAUCAAGCCCAAUGCCUCGCGCGUCCUCAAGUCAUGGGAUUUUGUUCCAGAACGGUCUGGUAUGGUGGCUCUCCGUGGAAUGAGUCUCAUCGACGGCACAAGCAUGAAGACUCUCGUCCCAACCUACUAUAAGGACUGUGAAUUAAUGUGGGUGUUGCAGAUGUAUGCUGUUCACCGUGUGGAUCUACAUUCGCAGCUGAGACAGCUCGCUACCCAAGUCGAAGGACCAGGGCGUUCCUGUGAGGUGCGAGUGCGAGCCAAGGUGGUCGACCCUGAUGCUCAGACCCAAAAGGUCACGACAGAAGAUGGUGAGGUCCUCCAGACUGAUCUCGUUGUUGCGGCAAACGGGGUGCACUCCACAGCUGUGAAGCAUGUCCUUGAUGACGACAAGAUUGUUCAGGCUGGAGAUACCGGCUGGGCAUGUAUGCGGCGGCUGGUACCGAGAGAUGAAAUUCUAGCAGAUCCAGAGAUGGCACACAUGAUUGUCGACUUUGCUGCGAGAUACUUUACGGUAGCUGAUGGAGCCGCUGGUUUGAUUUGUAUCCGUGUCGAAAGUGCGUUGUGUUCCGUUUCAACAUGGAUUGAUUACGACCUUCUCUAUUCUCCCUUUUGUUUGGCUAUACAUGCUGGCCAUUUUCCUUAG